AUGGAUAAAUCUUGGGUUUGGUUACCAAGGAAUAGCCUUGAGUAUGAGAAAGGAGCCAGUGACUUUGUGUCUUCUUCAUCGAGCCGUUUAGGUGUUCCAGCUGAAAUGUUCUGCCCUUGUGUUGAUUGCCGCAAUGUCUGCCAUCAGUCUAGUGAUACAGUUUUCGAGCAUCUUGUGAUUAGAGGGAUGGAUCCGAAGUACAAGAUUUGUAAAUUAUGGUCUAAACACGGAGAUAUAAGGCCUGAUAAGCCAUGUGAUAUCAACUCGUCUGAGAAUGAGGCGUAUGAGUUGUUUAGAACAACUUUCAUGGCAAGUGAAGACCAUCAGUCAGCUCAGCAGGAGAGUGCAGAGGUGUUUGCGGGUAUUGACAGACCAGAAGAAGCUGAGUUCAGAAAAAAAUUGGAGGAUGCAGAAACUCCGUUGUACUCUCAGUGUGCUAAAUACACGAAGGUUGCUGCGAUCAUGGGACUCUACAAGAUUAAGGUCAAAAGUGGGAUGUCUGAGAGCUAUUUUGAUCAGUUAUUGGCGUUAAUUCAUGACAUGCUUCCGAAGGAGAAUGUGCUACCUAAGUCUACAGAUGAGGUUAAGAAAUUUCUGAAACAGUUUGGGUUUGGGUAUGAUGUCAUCCACGCCUGCAAGAACGACUGUAUCUUGUACAGGAAGAAGUAUGAGGAUUCGGUCAGCUGUCCAAGAUGCAGUGAAUCAAGAUGGGAGAAGGAUAAGCAUACUGGUGAAGAGAAGAAAGGGAUUCCGGCUAAGGUGCUUAGGUAUUUUCCGAUAAAAGACAGGUUCAGAAGAAUGUUUAGAUCAAAGCGUUUGGCGGAGGACUUGUGUUGGCAUUCCUCAAAUACUUCUACCGAUGGAACUAUGCGACAUCCAGUGGAUUCAGUGACGUGGGGUCAGAUUAACAGCAAAUGGCCGGAGUUUGCUGCUGAAGCAAGAAACCUAAGACUAGGUAUCUCUACUGAUGGCAUGAAUCCGUUCUCCAUCCAGAACACCAAGUAUAGCACAUGGCCUGUUCUCUUAGUCAACUACAACAUGGGCCCGACUCAGUGCAUGAAAUCCGAGAACAUUAUGUUGACAAUGUUGAUACCUGGCCCAACCGCACCAAGCAACAACAUUGACGUCUAUCUCCAGCCACUGAUAGAGGACCUGAAGAGUUUGUGA